AGCGAAGCAAGGGGCGCGCGGCAGAGGAGGGAGCUUGCCGGGAGCAGCAGCUGGAGAAGGAGAAGGAGGAGGAGAGCGAGGCGGCGGCAGAGGAGGCGGGUGGGAAGGAAGGAAGGAACUGAGCAGCAGCAGCAGCAGCGAAGGUGGCCGCGGCCGCUUCCCCGGAGCCCGCGCGGAGAGAGAUCAUGGGGGACCCGGCGCCUUCCCAUGCCGGCUGCUAGCAAGUGACGGGCGCUCGGGCGGAGGAGGAAGCCAGGCGAGUUUGGAAAGAGCCCGGAGAGACACACUCGGCGCCGGGGACGCGAGGGCGGCAGCGGCUUCUUCGGAGGGCGAAGCGCGGCGCUCGCCCAGGCUCUCUCCCCAGCCAUGCCUUUCGCCAAGCGGAUCGUGGAGCCGCAGUGGUUGUGCCGCCGGCAGCCCAUCGCCUCGGUGCUGGACGAGGGCGCGGGAGGCGAGCCGCCGCCGCCUCCUGCUCCCCCUCAGCCGGGGAGCAGCCCGAGAGAGGAGCCGGGCGAAGCGGCAGCGGCGUCGGCUGCCACAGACGAGCCGGAGGAAGAAGCCGCGGGGCUGGCGGUGGUGCUGCCGGCCGAUGGGCAGGAGAAGGAGGCGGCGGCGCUGAUGGUGCUGGACCUGUGCUCGCUCAGCAACGUGGCUCUGUCGCGGAUCCUCCGGCAGCUCUCCGAUGUGGCCCGGCAUGCGUGCGCCCUCUUUCAGGAGAUCGAGGGCGAGAUCCAGAUCACCCAGCGCAGGGUCCGGGCGCUGCACGGCAGGAUCGGCGGCGUCCAAGGGGUUAUACACAGCCUGGAUCCCAAGCAGGAGGCAGUGCGUAAGUGGAACCUUUUUCUCUCCCUAUCUCUCUCCGUCUAUAGAGCUCUAGAUGCGCCUCUCUCCUUCCUUCGUUCCCCUUGGUGCGACCUUAGCGGUGGUUCACCUUGACCUCUGGCCAGUUGCACACCAAGGCGGGCCUGAUGGGGAUGGGGGGUGGUGUUAAAAGGAGAAUAGAUCUCUGGGUGGCUUUUUUUGGGAGGAGGGCCGAGUGGUGAUUUGCUUGAGGUGGCGAGAUUGCUGGCAAGGAAGAGGGGUGAUCCCCAAAAUUGUGGCGCGCGGACCCUUUGGAGGUGUGGCCCUGACAGAAAUGGAGGUUGUCGAGUGUAUAUACAAGACACACACACCCCUCCCAGUGUUUAUAGCUGUCCGUGAAGCUGCAGUGUGUACCGAACUUUUUACCCCUCUCCGGGGGAAUGUAAAGCAAAGGGAAGGAUAUUCCUUGGAGGGGUGUUUUUUGGAGGGGUAGGUGGGAGUAAGUAGGGCGGAAGGUUGCGGAUUGAACUGUGCGUAAAGUUUAGGGGUGUGCGCGUUUGGAGAGGCUUUCUCCAGGACGCGCUACUGGUGUGGAAGGCGCCUUCGCGGUUGUUUUGGUUGGAGAAGCGAUUUCCUUGUUAAAACGCCGUGGGUGGUACGGAGAGGAGCCGCGAUGGAUCGCCUCUUCCAAGCCUGCUCUCGCCUCCCUCCUCCCUCCCCACCUGCCUCGGGAUCCACAUUCCCGCGAGCCCGGGGCCCAGGAUGUGACUUUACCGAGCAGAAUCGCGCCAAACCGAGUGGUUUUCUGCAGGUGGAAUGGCUGAGCGGUUGGAUAAUGCGAAGGCGCUUGGUCCUAUAGAGGGGUCGGGCAGGGAAGGCGGGAAUCGAUACCUAAUCGCAUUGGGAAGGUGAAAGAGGAGCGGAGGAGGGGAUCCAGCGCUUUUGAGGAUAAGCAAAGGGGUCCGGGCGGGGGGAGCAGGCAUUUUCCAGCUCGUGACUACUCCCUGUGCAACGAGCGAUCUGCCUGACCCACUUUUCUUGCUGAUGCUGGAGACUUAAGGGAGGGGGCUCCUUCGCAGCAGGCUAGCUCCUUCUGCCUGUGCGUGAAGGCGUGAGUCUCCGAAAGCGUUUUUUCUCCUGUGUAGAGAAUGGACACGCAAGGUGACCAUUACCAAAGCUGAUCUCCGUCCCUCGUUACCUGGCUUCCCGUUUCGCCUUCUGAGGCAGCUCUUCGUGGUUUUUCUGGGAGGUUGCCUGCCUGAUCGGUGUCUUGAAGUGCUUUCAAGGAGGCGAUGAUGGAGGGGGUGGGGCAGCUUUGAGGGAUUCCUCAGGCACGUCUCCGUAUCUCUCUCUCUGAUUCCCCUCCCGCUUAGAUUCCCCCACGAAAUACCCUUCUCCACCACCCUCUUUAAGCUCUCCCCAUCAACCAUCCUUUGAAGACUUGAAGUGGUGCAGGGUUCAUUGUUAAGGCCAAGGUGGGUGCCUUGAUUUUGGGCGAGCGACUGGCUGGCAGCUACCUUGAGGAGGGAUCUCUGAUGUUGUUUUCAAGUGAGCUGGAGGCUCCCAACAUAUGUGCUCAUCGUUCACAGCGACAAGAGCAAAAGGCAGGCACAGGACCUCCAGCCGUUGCCAACAUCUGGAUGUGGCUUGCAGAACAAUUGAUGCCUGCAGGUUGGGUCCUCAUUGUGGAUCCUCCUUUGCAGCAAUUUCAUGCUAGUGGUUUUAUCUUUAUAGAGCAAGCUUUGGGUCAAUGUUACAUACAAAAAACAAUGAUUUCCUACCCACCCACUUUUGUAAAGGAGCAUAGCUGCAGAAUGAUGAUCUGGGCUAGAUGAUUGUCGCUCUUGCUCUUGUAAAUGUCUACAGCCAUUGUGAUGAAACACAGGAGGUGAGUCUCCACUGAGAGGUACCAGGGCCGUCUUAAGCAUAUCCGACGCUGUGGUGCAAAGAUUCCUCCAGUGCCCCCCCCCCCACAUCACAUGUCCCAGAGUUGUCAACCUUUUUUUAGGGAGGGAACACCAGCAGCGGCGGAGGAAGCCUCUUGGGAUGGGAUGGCACUGCUGGUGACAUGCCCAGCUUUGCGGGGGCUGGAGGAGGCGGGCUCAGCUGGCUACUUCGUGCCGCGGUGGCCACAGCAGGCAGAGGCUCCGGGCGCGGCGCUGCUUUGGCGUGGCAUGAUGGAGGCAGGUGAGGGUGGCGAGCGGGCCGGGGGAGCCGGCCCUGUGGAGAUCCAUGGUGCCUGAUGCCUUGCUCGAAGAUGAAUACGGCUAGCAGGAGGGGCGCCGUGUGUGCUUGUGCCUCAACCCUUUGGGCGAGCGAGCACACUGAGCGCCACUCCUACUGAGCAUUGGCUCAGUUUUUUCCCUUUUAGCCUUUUGGCGCCCCACAGAAUUCGGCGCCUGCAGGCUAAAAGGGAAAAAACCGAGCCGACACUCGGUGGGAGCGGUGCAUGCACCCUCGCUCACUCUGCACGCUCAUUUGGUGUUCCCCGGACUCUCGCCUGGUGCCCUCCAGAACUUGGUGCCCCGGCACCCCACACCACUAGUGUCUAUGGGUAAGACGGCCCUGAGAGGUACAGAAAUCUGUACUUGAGUUCCAGGGCUGCUUUCCUGGCCAGCAGCCCCACACCUUCCACUCUGUGGCCACAGGCAGUUUGUGGCCAUUCAGUGAAAGCGAAAGCUUACAGAGAGAGAGAGAGAAAGAAACCCUCUCACUAACAUCAACUCUUCACGGGGCUUUUCCUGACCUGAAACAUCAACCAGCAUGAUCUGAGGAAGUGCAGGUUCUUUGUGUGCUAAUCAGCAGAAUAUAAUUGAGCAUUAAUGUAAGGCAGAUAAGCUGUGCAAGUUGAUUAGAGCUUCAGGCUCUGCUUUGUAGUCUUGCAAUGUGGUACCAUAACAAAUGAGAACUAGCCUUAUUUUUUUUAGCUCUUUGUAGUGCCACCUAAAGUCUUUGCAGGAAAUGUAUAUGUGCACAACAAACUUAGGUUGGUUUCAUACCAGUUCGAAUGGUGUUGCUUCCCCCAAAGAUCUGAACCUUCUCUGCUGAAGAUGUCUGUUCCAGAGCUAUGGUACCAAGGGCCGCCUGGGCAGAGUGACUGAUUUUCAUAUCCAGUUUAGGCUGCAACUCAGUGGUAGAGCAUUGCAUGUGGAAGGUCCCAGGUUCAAUCCCUGAAUUCUCCAGGUAGGGUUGGGAGAGAGCAUUGUCUGUAACCCUGGAGAGCCUCUAUCAGUCAGUGUAGACAACACUGAACUAGAAUGGCCCAUCGUCUCCUGGGCCAUAAUCCCAACACCCAAACCAGUGGUUCUCAAAGGGUGUGGCAGAAGAGGAUGGCAAGUGUGGUGGGGAAUAUUCAAGGACAAUCAAAGAAACAAUUAAACAUUUCAGAUUAGUAUAUUAUAGUAUC